CUGGUGGUCUCUCCCUCUGAGAUACAUGUUGUAUUCCCAACAAAUGACGUCCUGAAUUGGAAUUUCUAGAGCGGGGAAAUUUCCCUGAUUACCUGAACGCAGCAUUAGCUUGAGCUAGCUCUGGGGGGCUAGCUCUAGUCUGCAUCAGUCACUCGAGUUAGCUUGACAACACAAAUGAAGCUCACACUCAACACGGCUGAGAUGGUUUAACCACAAACGUUGUUCAACCGGACCAUGACAAGAUGAAGAACGAUAAGGUCAAUGUUAAAUCACACUCGACAUAAUUGAAGAUCAGCAACAACAAGCCGUGUAGCAUGCUGGACGUGGGGAAGUGGCCCGUGUUUGCCCUCCUUCCUCCAGAGGAGCUCCGGCUAAUCCGGCAGGCAUGUGUCUACGGGAGUGCCGCAAAUGAAGCUCUCUACGUCACCGUUAACGACGAGGUGUUCGCUCUGGGAACCAACUGCAGCGGCUGCUUGGGGCUGGGGGACGUGCAGAGCACCAUCGAGCCCCGCAGGAUCGAUAUCCUCUGUGGGAAGAAGAUUGUGUCGCUCAGCUACGGCACAGGACCCCAUGUGGUGCUCGCCACCUCGGAUGGGGAGGUGUUUGCCUGGGGCCACAAUGGCUACAGCCAGCUGGGCAACGGGACCACCAACCACGGGCUGAUACCGGCCCUGGUCUCCACCAACCUCCUCAACAAGAAGGUGAUGGAGGUGGCCUGCGGCUCCCACCACACCAUCGCCCUCACCACCGAUGGAGAGGUGUUCGCGUGGGGCUACAACAACUCGGGCCAGGUGGGCUCGGGGUCCACGGCCAACCAGCCGACGCCGCGGCGGGUGAGCAGCUGUCUGCAGAACAAGGUGGUGGUGAACAUCGGCUGCGGACAGCUGUGCUCCAUGGCGGUGCUGGACAACGGCGAGAUCUACGGCUGGGGAUACAACUGCAACGGCCAGCUAGGGCUGGGAAACAACGGAAACCAGCAGACUCCCUGUCGCAUCGCUGCCCUCCAGGGGGCCAGCAUCAUCCAGGUGGCGUGCGGCUACGCCCACACGCUGGCGCUGACGGAUGAGGGGAUGGUGUACUCGUGGGGGGCCAACUCCUACGGCCAGCUGGGCACGGGCAACAAGAGCAACCAGGCUCUGCCCACUCUCAUCAACACGGAGAAAGAGAGGAUGGUGGAGGUGGCGGCGUGCCACACCAGCCACACGUCGGCGGCACGGACGCAGAGCGGCCAGGUGAUGAUGUGGGGGCAGUGCCGCAGCCAGGCCGUGGCCAGCCCCCACCUCACCCACUUCAGCUCCACCGACGACGUGUUCGCCUGCUUCGCCACGCCCGCCGUCACCUGGCACCUGCUCACAGUAGACGGCGACGACUACCUGACGGUGGCCCAGUCCUUGAAGAGAGAGUUUGACAGUCCCGAGAUCUCAGACCUCAAGUUCAUGGUGGACGGGAAGUCCAUCCACGUUCACAAGGCUCUGCUCAAAAUAAGGUGCGAGCAUUUCCGUGCUCUGCUGAACGACUCUGAUGAGGCGGCCAUUGAGAUUCACCAGUUCUCCUACCUGGUUUACCGCGCCUUCCUGGAAUACCUGUACACAGACGCCAUCAACCUGCCACCCGAAGACGCCAUCGGAUUGCUGGACCUCGCCACGUACUACCGCGAGGCGCGUCUGAAGCGGCUGUGUCAGGAAACCAUCAAGAGGGGCAUCGCCGAGGACAACGCCGUCAAGCUGCUGUCGGCCGCCGUCAAGUACGAGGCCCGGGACUUGGAGGAGUUCUGCUUCAAGUUCUGCGUGAACCACCUGACGGCGGUGACGCAGACGCAGGCCUUCACCGACAUGGACCACGAACUCCUCAAGAACUUCAUCAGCAAAGCAAGCCGCUACGGGGCCUUUAAAAACUGACCGGCUCUGUGCAGAGACCGCCGUUUGGACCGAGACUCUUCUGAGCAGCACCACGGCGGCACGGACCCCCCGGGCGGAGCUCAAGAGUUGACCUUUGACCUAAGUCAACAUUGAGUCAAUCGCUGCUUCAAAGACAUGCAGCUGGGGAGGUGAAGGCAGGAAACACGGAAAGGGGGAGUCGGGGGGGGGGGGGGGGGGGGGGGGGUGCUUCUUUCGGUGGGUUUGAAGAUCAAGUGUCCCGAAGCUAACCCAAACACGGCUCGUUAGGCUAGGGCGGAGGUGUUGGGUUCCGCUCCUCGCACACGGAGUGCAGAAAGCAAACAGGGGAGGCACCUCCGAAUAGGCUCCUCUUACGCUGAGUGAAUUGACUUCCUCACUGGCUGAUGAGCUUAGGGUCUGAUUUGAAUGUGUAAAAGGAGUUUAAUCAUGUGAGAGUAGUUUACAUUUAUGGCAAUACAGGGCUGUUUGCUGUCGUUGCUGGAACAGACCAAUUGUAAACAGGAUAUAUUUUAUAAUCUAUGUGAUGAAUCAUAAUAAGUAAAGUUUCUGAAAUAAUAAUGGUAGAAGUGUCACUGAAUGUACCUUUUUGUAUGUUACCAUGGGUGGUCAGGUACUUAUCCACUGACUAAGCAUGGAUCGCUACUAACUCGUUGAUGCUAAUGCAGUGAUGCUAUCUCAGUAGUGCUUACUCUGUGAUGCUAACGCAGUGACACUGUCUAACUCUGUGACGCCAAUGGGGUAGUUCGAACGCAGUGAUUGCUAACGUGGUGACGCCAACACGAUAGUGCUAACUCGAUGAUGCUAACUCGAUAAUGCUACCUUAGUAGGCUAAUUACCAAAUUAGCAUUGUCCAUUUGUUAAUGGGAACAUAUAGGCGAUUACAAUAUUUUCAGCAUAAUCCAACUGAAAUUGUAAUUUUCCACAAAUUAGAGGUUCGCUAUCUUUCCAGUUCAAAUUAAGUUUCAUUAAUUGUUUUCUACACGGUAAGCGGGUUAUUCUGCAGAGGUUCACCGGGAUAUGGAGAGCUCUCUUAAAGACGUCCAGUUUGCCUAUUGCUAGAUAUCACUCUCUAACGACCAACUUUAGUUUUUCUAUAGAACCUUCUCUUACUGUUUAUCAUUCGAGGUGUUUCACCAUAUUCCAAACUUUUUUCUUUUGUAAUUUAAUAUAUUUGCAAUUUGGUUUUACAAAUUUGUGUAUUGUUUUUUUUAGGCGUUAAGAUUUUAGCAUACAGUUAAUGUUAGGGGAAUAAUUUCCGCUAACAUUCUGUUUUGGUGAACCCUUCUGCACCUCAAAACUUCCUUAUUAGAACUUCUGCUAUUCAAAUUAUUAUGAUUAUGCAAAUGUCUUCCCCUCCCGUGUUCCUGCCAACAGAAUUUCCAGUUUGUUGUCCCAUGUGUCAAAGAAAUCAGUGUUUUCAAACCCAAUUCCUCCCUUUAGUCAUAGUACAAAGUAGAAUGUAAGAUAAUGAUAUAUUUUAAGCAGCCAAUGUUGUGUUUUUGUUGUUUGUUUUGUCUCUUUUUGAUAAAGCUGAAAUCAUUCCCUGUA